AGGACCUUAGGAGAGCUCUUUUCACCCAAAGUUCCACCUUGAUCAGCACCAUCAUUGAAGCUGUGAGCACCAAAGUCCAGAGGCUGUUUGAAGCUCCUGCUGACUACAUUCCAUUAAGCUCUAUCCGCAGCUGGCUAUCAGAGCCCAAGGCAAGCGAGGUUCGUCCAAAGUGCCCUGACCAGCUGGUAAUCUCCUCGGAGCUCCUGAGGAACAUCAUUGGUAUGAUAGUUUAUGUAGUCUUCAGAGGCCACCUAGAGGAAGACAUCAACCUUCAUUACUGGCCCCUCAUAAACGACAUAAUCCACCAGCUGUCACUGUGUGGGGUCAAAGUCACAAAGAAAGGGGGCAAGGCCAACUGGCACAUUGGCUGGUACCAGAUCCUUGAGAUGGUGACAAAUAUCCAUACUCAUCUUCAUUACUAUACUGGCACAGAGCUGGUACUAAAGUUGGCAACAUCUGCCAGGGCCACCAUGCUAACGAGGCACAUGGUUCACCAUGUGGUCGAGGAGCUGGUAAAGCUGAAGGACGUGGAUGAAGGGACACUAGCUUCAGGGAGCAGUGAGUCUGUCACAGCACCCCUAAUCACUAACCCCGUCAAAGUGGACAACAUCACAACAAACAUGACCACGACUCCAGCUGACCUCCAGUCAGGCUUUGCCCCGGCACCAUGCAUAUUACCCCCAGGCUUUGCCACUGCAUCCUGCAUCCCACCACCAGUCUUUGCCCUGGCAUCACGCCCACUCCCAGCAGGAUUUUCCCCGGCAUCAUGUCCCCCACCACCAGGCUUUGCCCCUCUAUCCUUCCCCCCACCACCAGGCUUUGCCCCUCUAUCCUUCCCCCCACCACCAGGCUUUGCCCCUCUAUCCUGCCCCCCACCACCAGGAUUUUCCCAGGCAUCAUGCCCCCCAACACCAGGCCUUGCCCCUCUAUCAUGCCCCCCACCACCAGGCUUUGCCCAUCUAUCCUGCCCCCCACCACCAGGCUUUGCCCAGGCAUCCUGCCAGCCACCACCAGGCUUUGCCCUUGCAUCCUGCACCCUACCACCAGUCUUUGCCCCGGCAUCAUGCCCACUCCCAGCAGGCUUUUCCCCGGCAUCAUGUCCCCCACCACCAGGCUUUGCCCCUCUAUCAUGCCCCCCACCACGAGGCUUUGCCUCUCUAUCAUGCCCCCCACCACCAUUCUUUUCCCCUCUAUCAUGCCCCCCACCACCAGGCUUUGCCCUUCUAUCCUUCCCCCACCACCAGGCUUUGCCCCUCUAUCCUGCCCCCCACCACCAGGAUUUUCCCAGGCAUCAUGCCCCCCAACACUAGGCCUUGCCCCUCUUUCAUGCCCCCCACCACCAGGCUUUGCCCCGGGAAAGUGCCCCCCACCACCAGGCUUUGCCCAGGCAUUGCUCCCCCCACCACCAGGCUUUGCCCAGGCAUCCUGCCCCCCACGAUCAGGCUUUAUCCCGGCGUCAUGCCCCCCACCACCAGGCUUUCCCCCGGCAUCUUGCCACCCACCACUCACUAUCGCAGAUCAUAUCUGCACUCUAAUUCAGAGCAUCACUGCCAGAUCCAACAACAUCGUCAACAAGGAGCUGGAGAAGUGUAUCGACUCUUAUAGUAAGAGCAUCUGGGCUGACACUUUCUACUGCGAGUACAUGAAGAUGUACCCAUCACCCCAGGGGAUUGAAGCCUUCUCAUUUGAUGAGGAGAGAUUUUUAGUGGUGGCCAACAUAAUCGGCAGAAUAUUGCUGAACAAUCUCCAGCUGGAGAUGCUCCUCUCAGUGGAAGACUUUAAUGUGGAUGAAGUAGGGAGCAGUGGGUCUGUGGACUUGAACCUGGCGAUCCCAGAGACCCCUAACCCUGUCAAAGUGGUAGACAUCACAACACCCCUGACCACUAAUCCAGUCAACCUUGAGGUUUUGGAUGAAACACUUGUCCUUCAGUCAGGCUUUUCCACGGCACACUGCACCCCACCACCAGGCUUUUCCUCGCCACCCUGCACCCCACCAACAGAAUUUUCCCCAGCACCCUUCAUUCCACCCCCAGGCUUUGCCCUGGCAGCCUGCACCUCGUCGCCAAGCUUUGCCGCUAAUGCCACACAGGGCUUUGGCACGAAAGUCAUCCUGAAACAAAUUGUCCUGCUAUUCUUGGAGAGGCUCCCUCCUGCGUCAGAGGACCUUGAGUCAGAGUUCCUGACUAUCACUGAUCGUAUCUGCACUCUGUUUCAAAGCAUCACUGCCAGAUUCUGCAACAUCGUUAAUGAGGAGCUGGAGAAGUGUACCGACUCUGACAGUAUGCAGUACUGGGCUUACACCUUCUACUGGGAGUAUAUGAAGAGGUACCCAUCAUCCCAGUGCCUGGGGAUUGAAGCCUUCACAUGUGAUGAGGAGAGAUGUUUAGUGGUGGCCAAAUUGUUUGCAAUGAAGAUGUGCCCCAAGAUGCUCCCCUCAGCAGCAGACUUCGACAAGGCUGAAGAUUCAGGCAGCAAUGGAUCUGUGGACUUGAACCUGGCGAUCCCAGAGACCCCUAACCCUGUCAAAGUGGUAGACAUCACAACACCCCUGACCACUAAUCCAGUCAACCUUGAGGUUUUGGAUGAAACACUUGUCCUUCAGUCAGGCUUUUCCCCGGCACCCUGCACCCCACCACCUGAAUUUGCCCCAACACCCUGCAUUCCACCCCCAGGCUUUGCCCUGGCAACCUACACCUCGACGCCAAGCUUUGUCGCAAAUGCCAUGCAGGGCUUUGGCACCAAAGUCAUCCUGAAACAAAUGGUCCUGCUAUUCUUGGAGAGGCUCCCUCCUUCGUCAGAGGACCUUGAGUCAGAGUUCCUGACUAUCACCGAUCGUAUCUGCACGCUGUUUCAAAGCAUCACUGCCAGAUUCCGCAACAUCGUUAAUGAGGAGCUGGAGAAGUGUACCGACUCUGACAGUAAGAAGUAUUGGGCUUACACCUUCUACUGGGAGUAUAUGAAGAGGUACCCAUCAUCCCAGUGCCUGGGGAUUGAAGCCUUCACAUGUGAUGAGGAGAGAUGUUUAGUGGUGGCCAAAAUGUUUGCAAAGAAGAUGUGCCCCAAGAUGCUCCCCUCAGCAGCAGACUUCGACGAGGCUGAAGAUUCAGGCAGCAAUGGAUCUGUGGACUUGAACCUGGCGAUCCCAGAGACCCCUAACCCUGUCAAAGUGGUAGACAUCACAACACCCCUGACCACUAAUCCAGUCAACCUUGAGUUUUUGGAUGAAACACUUGUCCUUCAGUCAGGCUUUUCCACGGCACACUGCACCCCACCACCAGGCUUUUCCCCGGCACCCUGCACCCCACCAACAGAAUUUUCCCCAGCACCCUUCAUUCCACCCCCAGGCUUUGCCCUGGCAGCCUGCACCUCGUCGCCAAGCUUUGCCGCUAAUGCCACGCAGGGCUUUGGCACGAAAGUCAUCCUGAAACAAAUUGUCCUGCUAUUCUUGGAGAGGCUCCCUCCUGCGUCAGAGGACCUUGAGUCAGAGUUCCUGACUAUCACCGAUCGUAUCUGCACUCUGUUUCAAAGCAUCACUGCCAGAUUCUGCAACAUCGUUAAUGAGGAGCUGGAGAAGUGUACCGACUCUGACAGUAUGCAGUACUGGGCUUACACCUUCUGCUGGGAGUAUAUGAAGAGGUACCCAUCAUCCCAGUGCCUGGGGAUUGAAGCCUUCACAUGUGAUGAGGAGAGAUGUUUAGUGGUGGCCAAAUUGUUUGCAAUGAAGAUGUGCCCCAAGAUGCUCCCCUCAGCAGCAGACUUCGACGAGGCUGAAGAUUCAGGCAGCAAUGGAUCUGUGGACUUGAACCUGGCGAUCCCAGAGACCCCUAACCCUGUCAAAGUGGUAGACAUCACAACACCCCUGACCACUAAUCCAGUCAACCUUGAGGUUUUGGAUGAAACACUUGUCCUUCAGUCAGGCCUAGCCCCGGCACCCUGCAUUCCACCCCAAGGCUUUUCCCCAGCACCCUGCAUUCCACCCCCAGAAUUUUCCCCAGCACCCUGCAUUCCACCCCGAGGCUUUUCCCCAGCGCCCUGCAUUCCACCCUCAGCCUUUGCCCUGACAUCCUGCACCGCAUCGCCAAGCUUCGCCGCUAAUGCCAUGCAGGGCUUUGGCACGAAAAUCAUCCUGAAACAAAUGGUCCUGCUAUUCUUGGAGAGGCACCCUCCUACAUCAGACGACCUUGAGUCAGAGUUCCUCACUAUCAUGAAGAGGUGCCCAUCAUCCCAGUGCCUGGAGAUUGAAUCCUUCACAUGUGAUGAGGAGAGAUGUUUAGUGGUGGCCACCUUGUUUGCAAAGAAAUUGUACCCCAAGAUGUUCCUCUCAGCAGCAGACGUCGACGAGGCUGAAGAUUCAGGGAGCAAUGGAUCUGUGGACAUGAACCUGGCAAUCGCCAACAAAUUUGUCCCUAACCCUGUCAAGGUGUUGGAGUUGCUUCAACCCCUGUCACUUCCAGACAUCAAAAAGCCCUUGACCACUAUCCAUGACAAAGUGCUGGACAACAUCACAACAACCCUGGUUGAUGCCCCAGUUAAGGUGGACAACAUCACAACACCCCUGGUUGAUGCCCCAGUUAAGGUGGACAACAUCACAACACCCCUGGUUGAUGCCCCAGUUAAGGUGGACAACAUCACAACACCCCUGGUUGAUGCCCCAGUUAAGGUGGACAACAUCACAACACCCCUGGUUGAUGCCCCAGUUAAGGUGGACAACAUCACAACACCCCUGGUUGAUGCCCCAGUUAAGGUGGACAACAUCACAACACCCCUGGUUGAUGCCCCAGCUAAGGUGGACAACAUCACAACACCCCUGGUUGAUGCCCCAGCUAAGGUGGACAACAUCCAACCUGGUUGA